CACACUCACUCACUCACAUUCGACACAAAAACACAGCAAAAAAGACCCCCAAGCAACACUUCCAUAUCCCCAUAAACAUAAACCAACUAAAAUGUCCUACCCCACAACCCUUCCAACCCUCACCACCCGCGAAGCCAUAACCGACACCCUCUACCGUUGUGUCGGAGGCUUCGACACCGCCGACACAGCUCUCUUCGACUCAGCCUUCACCAAAGACGCCACGUUCGACCUCAACGGCCGACUCCUCGAAGGCCUCGACUCAAUCCACAAAGACUGCUACGAUAAGAUCUCGAAGCUGGAUACCAUUCACUACAUGAGUAAUGUACGGGUAAAUGUUAAAGAAGGUGAAGAGAAGGGGUUGUUGACUGCGUCGGCCCUGGCGCAGCAUUAUCGACCCGGGGAGGGUAUACAGACUGGGACGAAGUAUUUCUUGGCGGGCAGUUUGUAUGAGAUGGAUGUUGUCAGAGAUGAGGGGGAUGGGCUGUGGAAGAUAAGGCAUUGGAAGUUGAAGAUUGUUUGGGCGGAGGGGGAUUGGGAGGUUGUGCUUGAGUGA